ACUGUGGUCAGUCUAGACUAUAAGACGGUUCAGCUUUGAUGGCGUCUAUCAUUACAUUAAGCUUCCAUUCAAUUCUGCCUAAUUACCUUGCUGCCUAAUCCCUUCUCCUGAAAAUACCUACCUGUACCCUUGGGCUUAUCACCUUGGCGACAUCCUAGUCUGCUAAUUUCCCCAUCAGGUAUGCUAAUAACACAACCCAAGUACCUGCAGCCCCCCCUCCAUAUCCAAAAUUCGGAAGGGAACCUGCCGUUCCUUCUUUCUAGCCGCAGAGUUCACUGAACGUUCGAAGCGGUCACAUCUCCUCUACCUCUAGAGAAUAUUUUAUUUUUUCAAAGUACUAUUUUGAAGUGUUUGUGAAUCAAAUAUCUGGAGACAUUGUACUAUUUAAAAUUAGUUUCUCCAAGAUAUCCUAGCCGGACAACAAAAAAAAGUGAAGAAAGUCAUUUUUCGUGAAGUGUCAUUGAGCUUUAAAUAUGGAAUCAUCGUCUCUUAACGUGGUUGACUGCAGCGGAAUUCGCGAAACAACAGGAGAAGUAGCAGAACACAGUUUUAAGUGGAUCAUUCGCGACUUUACCAACGCAAUUAAAGGACCGAGUUAUCCCCAGCUCAAGUUCAGCGUGCCUGAGGGCAUAGAAGGGUGGAUGUCGCUCCGUCUUGUGGGUGCAAAAUGCGUGAGUGUGUCGACGAUAAGCGAAAUGCGCGCUUUGAACCUGCAGAUCAUGACCUACAACGAGGAUGAAAAGAAGCGGAAUGAGAUGGAGGUGUCGAUUCUCAAUUCUGACGGAUUCAAAUGCAUAACGAAAACAACCCGCCUUACUACCCUCAGACGGAUUAACGUGCCUUUCAAUAAAAAGAUGAUCGCCCAGGAUGUGACGCUUCUUGCCGAAGAUGUGCUGACCCUGCAUUUCACCGUCAAAAUGAACGUCCCCGCGCCUCCUGCUUUCAAUUGCAAUCGCUUAUGGGCAUCGCCGGAAAAGAGCACAUUCGCAACUGAAAUGGAGGCUCUGAUCGAUCAUGAAGUAUUCACUGAUAUCAAAAUAACAGUUGGAAAGCGUGAAUUUCGGGCGCUGAAGGCAAUUUUGGUUGCUCGCUGUCCAACACUCGCCUCCCAGUUGUGGGUGAAACCGGACGCGAUGGGGAUAAGCCUCCACAUAAGUGAUAUUCGUGAAGAAGUCUUCGAGGAAGUCCUCUUCUACAUCUAUACGGAUCGAGUGAGGGACGUGAAUGACAUGUGGGAUGAAUUUCUUUACGCCGCACGGAAGUACGAGCUGGAACGAAUGAUAGAUCGAGUGGAGGAGGGUUGGUUGUCGCCUCUGACUCCUGAAAAUGCAGUCGAGAGACUCAUACUCGCUGAUAAGCGGCAGGACGAAGGACUCAAGAAGACUGUGCUCUACUUCAUGAGGAAACACAUAGUGAUGGUGGUGGAGACCGGAGAGUAUAAGAAAUUUAUACGAAGUAAAUGCCCUUUAUCUGCAGAGUUUUUAAAGUAUUUAUACCCUCAAAUAGAUGUUGAACAAUGGUUGUCAACUUAAAAAAAUUGUUUAACUACGUCAAAACACAAUUGUUUAUGCAGUUUUUCAAUUGCCAUUAUUGUACCAUGACUUUCCACAAAACUGUAAUAAAUUCCUUUAAUAAUAUAACUUUCAA